GCGUGUAAUAAGAAAGACGGUCCAGCAAGACGGAGACACACUUCUCUCUACUCUUCGUCGACGGCGAUUUCGUAGCCAAAUCUUCGUCUUCUUCCUUUAACCCCAUCUCUUCUUCUUCUUCGUCUUUUGCUUUCUCAUUCGGAUUAACUUCAUCUCUUUGAUGGGAUUUUGCGUGUUUUCUCAGAGAAAAGAGUUCCAGAAAAAGUUUCAAUUUUUCGGCUUCUGAUGUCACAUUUGGUGGUUUUCGAGGGGAUAAUCCCUCUCAACUGCUAGUUAUUUUCUUCAUUUGUUGUGCAGCAAGUAGAAAAAGUUGAAGACUUUAUCAUCCUCUCAGCGGCUUGAAGGCUAACUGCAAACUUAUGGCGGAUCUUAUCAAGAGUCAGUUUUGUUUGUUGAUGUAAGAAACCGAUUUGGCAAGUUCAUCAAAGCAAUCAUGAACAGAUAUAGCCUUGUGUCAACGGCAACAGAUGAAUGCAACAAAGGAGUUGUUCAAACUUGCUCGACUUCUCCAUCUCCAGUCCAUAACUUUCUGAAUGUCCAGCCAGAACACCGUAAGUCUCCCUUCAUAAGAUCACAAUCUCCAGAUUCAACUGGUCAGCUAUGGCCAAAGAAUAUUUCUCAGAGCACUUUCUCUCGGUCUUCCACCUUCUGCACAAACCUCUACUUGUCAUCAUCUUCAACCUCUGAGACUCAGAAACAUCUAGGAAACAGUCUUCCUUUCCUCCCUGAUCCCUCCUCUUACAGCCACUCAGCUUCUGGUGUGGAGUCUGCUAGAUCUCCAUCUAUUUUCAGUGAAGAUUUGGGCAAUCAAUGUGAUGGAGACAACUCCGGGUCGCUUCUCAAAGAUUUCCUUAAUCUUUCUGGAGAUGCUUGUUCCGAUGGCGGUUUUCAUGAUUUUGGCUGUUCGAAUGACAGCUUUUGCUUAUCAGAUCAAAUGGAGUUGCAGUUCCUCUCUGAUGAACUUGAGCUGGCUAUCACAGACCGCGCUGAAACUCCCAGGCUUGAUGAGAUCUAUGAAACGCCAUUGGCUUUGUCAAAUCCAGUGACGAGAUUGAGUCCAAGCCAAAGCUGUGUUGCUGGAGCAAUGUCUAUAGAUGUAGUUUCAUCGCACCCUUCUCCAGGAUCAGCAGCCAAUCACAAGACGAGAAUGAGAUGGACUCCUGAGCUCCAUGAUUCUUUUGUAAAGUCGGUGAUCAAACUUGAAGGGCCUGAAAAGGCCACUCCAAAGGCUGUUAUGAAGCUCAUGAAUGUUGAGGGUUUGACGAUCUAUCAUGUAAAAAGUCACUUGCAGAAGUAUAGACUAGCCAAGUAUAUGCCAGAGAAAAAAGAAGAGAAAAAGAAUGAAAACUCAGAAGAAAAGAAACUGGCUUUGAGUAACAGUGAAGCUGACGAGAAGAAGAAAGGGGCCAUACAAUUAACUGAAGCUCUGCGUAUGCAGAUGGAAGUUCAGAAGCAAUUGCAUGAACAGCUCGAGGUGCAACGGGUGCUUCAGCUACGAAUUGAAGAGCAUGCUAAAUACUUGGAAAAGAUGUUGGAAGAACAACGCAAAACCGGAAGGUUGAUUUGUUCUUCUUCUUCUCAGACAGUGUUAUCACCUAGUGAUGACUCUAUACCAGAUUCUCAAAACAUGUCCAAAACUGAAGCAUCUUCGCCUCAGCGGUCAACAUCUGCAAAGAAGAAAGCUUCUGAAACUGAAGAAGAUAAAUGUGAAAGCCCUCAGAAACGUCGUAGGCUUGAGAACAAAGCUGAAUCUGAAGAUGCUGAGAGGUAGCAAGAUGCUUCAAGUAUGUAAAUAUGGUAUGUUUUGUGUAAUUUGGUGAGAGAGAUGGUGGUGAUCACUCAAAGUAUAUGUUUGUAAUGUAGAUCUUUGUCGGAAACGUGUAAACUUAUUACGGAUCUUGAGGAUGUUCCUUUCAUUUGCUUGUUAUUAAGGAUCACUCAAAGUAGAUGAUGUUGUUUUGAAAGUUUUA